AUGUCAACAGGAAAACUCGUACUCGUCAGUGGAGCUACUGGCUUCCUGGGAGCUCACUGUAUCAAGCGACUUCUCGACAAAGGCUAUAGAGUUCGUGGCACCGUUAGGAGCUUGAAUAAUGCCAAAAAGGUCGAUCCGGUCAAAAAACUCGACCCUACCGGGAUGAGCUUGAGCCUAGUGGAGGCCGAUUUGAAUGAAGCAGCUGGUUGGCCGAAAGCCGUUUCUGGAUGCGAUUAUGUCCUCCACGUCGCCUCCCCAUUUCCGAUUGGUGGAACUGAAGAAACCAUCAGCACGGCGAUUGCCGGAACGAAAAACGUCUUGGCGGCCUGCGCAAAUGAGCCUUCGGUCAAGAAGGUGGUGCUCACCAGCAGUAUGCUUGCGAUUUUCGAGGGCCGCCCUUCUGGUAAGCUGACCGAGAAGGACUGGUCGAUUCUGGAUAACUCUACCGCCUAUGCCAAAAGCAAGACGCUGGCCGAGCAGUCGGCUUGGGAAUUCGCGAAGGAGGGCGGUCACAAAAACAACUUCAUCCUCACCGUCGUCAACCCGGGUUUCAUUCUCGGCCCACCACUGACCGAUGAAAAGGGUUCCAGUGCUGACGUUAUCUCCCAAUUGAUGGGUCACCAGCCAGCCCUACCCCAAGUGAACUUCACUUGCAUCGAUGUCAGGGACGUGGCAGCUGCUCACGUAGCCGCCCUCACCGCACCAGAGACCGAUGGUCAGCGUGUCAUCUGUACAAACGCGGAGCCGGUGCCUAUGGUCGAGCUUUCGAAGGCGCUGCGCGAAGAGUUCGGUAGCCAAGGCUACUGCCCAGCUACACACACAAUCCCUGACUGGGUCGUCAAAAUCGGAGCGAAUUUCAGCGCCCAGAUGGCAAAUGUUGCGCCGAGACUUGGAAAAGCGCAUUCGUUUGAUAACUCGCGGCUAAAAGCCCUGCUCGGCGGGGACCCGAUUACCCCACAAAAAUCGGUAGUCGACAUGGUGUACGAGCUGAUCGAGCGAGGGCACAUCAAAAAGACACCGAAAUACCGUGGUCCAAGCAAAAAGGAA